CGUGUUACGUGAUAUCAUUAACAAACGAAGCUCAAACUUUUCAAAGAAUACCAUAUAUAUUAUAUAUUAUGUACUGAUUUAUUCAACUCCGAUUUUUGUUAAAAGGAACUACAUCAAUGACAAAUUGGACGUUGAUUCACCAUCAGAAGAUGAAAAAGAAAUGCAGAAUGAUGUAGUGGUUCAAGAUAUGAAGAGAACUGCAAGUGAAGAAUAUGUAUUACAAGCUUUUGAUUCAUCAAAAAUUGAUUUUUUUCUUCAACGCGUUGGCCGGAUCACCGGAAUGCCCAUACAAAAUCAAUUACCGACAAAAUCUAAUCCAAAAAAUGAAAGAGGAAAAGUCCAAACAACAACGGCACCAUCAGUAAUUCUACCAAAUAGAUGGUUCACAUCGCCCGCUAAUCUAUUCUCAUCCACAAUGACAUCAAUAGCUCCGAUGAGAAAUAUGAGAGCAACACAUGCAAAAUCAUCAGCAAAAAAUUCGGAUUUUCUGGACUGGUGA